GCAAUAUGACUUCACGAUCUAAGGAGAAGGUUGCUGCUGCAUUCAGAAAGCUUUUCCGUUCCCCAGAGAAGCUCGAUAACGAUGGAGCCGGUCCUAGCGGCUCUCCAGCCAGGCGAGGGCUUCUUCGACGUCAUAGAGACGGCGUGAGUCCAGCAGAAGCAGCAGCGAGCUUGCCACCUAGUCCUGGCGCCACAGGACUAGUAAAGAAGAAGGCAGCUGGGGCCAACGAGGUUCGAGAGCGUGCUGCUGCGGUCCGCACACGCAGACUCAUGAAAGAGCUUAAAGAAAUACAGCGAUUGCAGGACAGCAGGCCUGAUCCUGUAUUUACGGUGGAAUUAGUGAAUGAUAAUCUUUUCGAGUGGCAUGUGAGACUGCAUCAGAUAGACCCUGAGAGUGAGCUAGCUGGAGACCUUCGCGAACUGCAUAUAUCUCAUAUUCUGCUACACCUCAUAUUUCCAGAGAAUUUUCCGUUUGCCCCGCCUUUCAUGAGAGUAAUUGAACCUAGGAUAGAGAAAGGCUUCGUUAUGGAAGGAGGAGCAAUCUGUAUGGAGCUGCUGACACCUCGCGGCUGGGCGUCAGCGUAUACAGUAGAAGCCGUAGUGAUGCAGUUCGCCGCGUCAGUGGUGAAGGGCCAGGGACGAGUAGCGCGGGCACCGCCGAGACCUUCCCGCGAGUUCUCCCGCCGUCGAGCGGAGGAAGCCUUUCGCUCCCUCGUCAAGACACACGAUAAAUAUGGCUGGGUGACGCCAGCCCUGUCCGAUGGUUGAAUCGGCAUGGUUCGUACAACAUUGACAU